AUGACGAGGGAACUCAUGAGACUCAACCCAAGAAUCUUUUCAGCUCUUCCAGAGGAGUUUCUCCCCGAUUACAAGAACCCAUGUUGGUUUGAGAAGGCCAUGAACGGAAACGAGGACGAGUCGGUUCAGGAGAGACUGAAAGAAAACGGGACGGAGAAAUCUCGUUUGAGAUGUUUACCAUACGUCUAUAUAAUAGGCCAACCCAAGUGUGGAACUACAGAUAUGUUCUACCGCAUUGUUCAACACCCAGAUGUUGUUAAAGGUAGGGGAAAAGAACCCCAUUGGUGGACUCGACGUCGCUUCUAUGCAGGUUUUGACAAGUACCUAGAUUAUUUCAAUGAAGCGGCUCUGAAAAUCGUCUCCCGGAUUAAGAAAAGUUUGACAUCUUCGGAACAAGAAAUCGUGAAUCACGACGUUAUUACAGUAGAAGCCAGUGCCUCGACACUAUGGGACAACGACCAUUGGAGGCGGGAGCUGUGGGACACUAAGAACAAUGAACCGCCCAUUCUGGUGGCCAAUCUGAUCCGAGCCGUGCAGCCAAACGCCAGGUUUAUCGUCACACUUAGGAACCCCACAGAGAGGUUGUACUCAGAGUAUCUCUAUUUCCGUCAACCUGAGAAGUCCGUGACCAAUUUUCAUGAGAGGGCUGUCACUCUUAUCGACAACUUUAAAAACUGUCUCAGGAAUUAUUCUGUUCGCUCAUGUGCUUAUAGGCGAACGAGUGAGAAGCGUGUCGAGGGAAACGUUAGGCUGCGGCUUGGGCUGUACGAAGUCUAUUUACGGGACUGGUUGUCUAUUUAUUCCCGGGACCACAUUUUCGUACAGCGUGUUGAGGAUCGUUCUAAAGAUCCGUACGAGGCCAUGUUAAGCAUCUUCUCAUUUCUGCAGCUUGGUUAG